AUGCUCAAGUUGCUGAGAGAUGGCACUGUGGCCAAACUGUUCAAAGACCGAGGAAUGAAAAUAACGAUUGGUGAAACGGAGAGCGAAACCUACGGAUUGAUAACUUCUGACGUACAAGUCCGCGCUCCAAUCAGAGCGUUCGUCAAAACACUGGCAGAUGCCGGUGUGUCAUUAGAUCGCAUUUUUCGAUAUCGAAGCCAAUUCCGGGCAAAGUGCAUAUCCAAGCUUUAUUCUCCCGAGCUCGGCGUGACACACUCCGUUGACAUGUGUGUCUGGUGGUAUCUGACACGGUUUGGUUUUGAUCAAGACGAGGCAGCAGCAACCAGGGACUGGCUAUCACGGUCACUGAUACCUUUAGUUAAUGGCACACCACUACGAUCCGAUUGCUCCACCAUUAAGCAGUAUAUGGAGUUUACACCUAACGCUGAAAUUAGAGCAGUAGAUGACGUUUACUGGGAUCAGAUGAUUACCCUGUCUGAGAUAUGCGCCGAGACAGUUUGA